ACAGGAAUAGUUAUCUGCUUAGUCUCAUCCUUCAUAUUUGGCACUCUGAGGAAAAGGUCCGAGCCGGCAUGAAGACAGAAUCACCUCUUCGUUAGAGAAAAACUUUCUGCCUGACGCAGUUCAUUUCAAGAAGUGCACGAUGACAGAGCGUGGAAUUAAAUGGGCUUGUGAGUAUUGUACAUACGAAAAUUGGCCGUCUGCAAUCAAAUGUACCAUGUGUCGCGCUCAGAGACCCAGCGGAACAAUCAUCACGGAAGAUCCAUUUAAAAGUGGUUCAAGUGAUAUCGGUAGAGACUGGGAUCCUACGAGCACCGAAGGGGGGAGUAGUCCUUUGAUAUGCCCGGAUUCUAGUGCAAGGCCGAGGGUUAAAUCGUCUUACAGCAUGGAGAGCGCAAAUAAAUGGUCGUGCCACAUGUGCACGUACUUGAACUGGCCGAGAGCGAUACGAUGUACUCAGUGCUUGUCUCAACGUAGGACCAGGAGUCCCACGGAGUCUCCUCAGUCUUCAGGUUCUGGUUCAAGACCGGUCCCUUUUUCCGUUGAUCCGUGUGAGGAGUAUAAUGACAGAAACAAACUAAACACAAGGGCUCAGCACUGGACUUGUUCUGUUUGUACAUACGAAAACUGGGCAAAGGCCAGGAAAUGUGUUGUCUGUGAUCAUCCCAGACCUAACAACAUAGAAGCAAUAGAACUGGCAGACACAGAAGAGGCUUCGUCGAUCAUAAACGAGCAAGACAGAGCUCGGUGGAGAGGAAGCUGUAGUAGUGGUAAUAGCCAAAGAAGAUCUCCGCCUACGACCAAACGUGAAUCUGAUGUCAAAAUGGACUUCCAAAGAAUUGAGUUGGCUGGAGCUGUUGGCAGCAAGGAAGAACUUGAAGUCGACUUCAAAAAACUAAAGCAAAUUAAAAAUAGAAUGAAAAAGACUGACUGGCUGUUUUUAAAUGCUUGUGUCGGAGUUGUAGAAGGUGAUUUAGCUGCUGUUGAAGCUUACAAGUCCUCAGGAGGAGAUAUCGCCCGCCAGCUCACUGCGGAUGAAGUGCGCCUGCUAAACCGCCCGUCUGCGUUCGACGUCGGGUACACGCUCGUGCACCUGGCCAUCCGCUUCCAGAGACAGGACAUGCUCGCGAUUUUGCUCACGGAGGUGAGUUUAAAAGCAACGAGGUGCUUCCCUGCCAUGGUGUGCCCGGAGGUCACGGAACAGAUUCGUCGUGAAAUUGCUGCAUCUCUUCAUCAACGAAAGGGAGACUUUGCUUGCUAUUUUCUGACAGACCUCGUAACUUUUACGUUACCUGCAGAUAUUGAAGACUUGCCGCCCACAGUCCAAGAAAAGUUAUUUGAUGAAGUGCUUGAUAGAGAUGUUCAGAAAGAGCUAGAAGAGGAGUCUCCCAUUAUUAACUGGUCGCUGGAACUGGGUACGCGCUUGGACAGCAGAUUAUACGCACUUUGGAAUCGGACUGCGGGGGACUGCCUGCUCGAUUCAGUCCUACAGGCCACCUGGGGCAUUUACGACAAGGAUUCAGUGCUGCGGAAAGCUCUUCACGACAGUUUACACGACUGCUCGCAUUGGUUCUACACACGCUUGAAAGAGUGGGAAUCGUGGUAUUCGCAAAGCUUUGGUUUACAUUUCUCGUUGCGAGAGGAACAGUGGCAGGAGGAUUGGGCAUUCAUACUCUCUCUUGCAAGCCAGCCUGGAGCGAGUUUGGAGCAGACACACAUUUUUGUACUUGCACAUAUUCUUAGAAGACCAAUUAUAGUUUAUGGAGUAAAAUAUUAUAAGAGUUUCCGAGGAGAAACACUAGGAUAUACCCGCUUUCAAGGUGUGUAUUUGCCUUUGUUAUGGGAACAGAGCUUUUGUUGGAAGAGCCCCAUCGCUCUGGGCUACACGAGGGGCCACUUCUCCGCCCUGGUCGCGAUGGAGAACGACGGUUACGGCAAUCGAGGCGCUGGUGCUAACCUGAACACCGAUGACGACGUUACUGUGACGUUCCUGCCGUUGGUGGACAGCGAGAGGAAAUUAUUGCACAUUCACUUCCUUUCUGCUCAAGAGAUAGGUAACGAGGAGCAGCAGGAAAAGCUGCUCCGGGAGUGGCUGGACUGCUGCGUGACGGAAGGAGGGGUCCUGGUCGCGAUGCAGAAAAGCUCUCGCCGGCGCAACCACCCGCUGGUCACCCAGAUGGUGGAGAAGUGGCUCGAUCGCUACCGGCAGAUCCGCCCCUGCACGUCCCUCUCGGACGGCGAGGAAGACGAGGACGACGACGACGAGUGA